GCCCGGGCGCCCGGGGGGGACGCGCAGCCGGGGAGCCGCUGGUCGGCUGCUGCGGCAGCAUGGACGUGACCAUUUCGGAGCUCUUGGAGCUCUUUCUGCAGAGCCCGCUGGUGACUUGGGUGAAAACAUUUGGUCCAUUUGGAAGCGAAAAUGAAGACAAUCUGACCAUGUACAUGGAUUUAGUGGAUGGCAUCUUUUUAAAUAAAAUCAUGUUGCAGAUAGACCCCAGGCCAACAAAUCAGCGGAUCAACAAGCAUGUUAACAAUGAUGUCAACCUUCGGAUACAAAACCUCACCAUCCUGGUUAGGAGCAUUAAAACCUACUACCAGGAAGUCCUCCAGCAGCUGAUUGUAAUGAACUUACCCAAUGUUUUGAUGAUUGGCAAAGACCCCCUGUCUGGUAAAAGUAUGGAUGAAAUUAAGAAGGUCCUGUUACUGGUGCUGGGCUGUGCUGUUCAGUGUGAAAGGAAAGAGGAAUUUAUUGAAAAAAUCAAACAGCUGGACAUCGAAACCCAGGCUGGAAUUGUGGCACACAUCCAAGAGGUGACCCAGAACCAAGAAAAUGUGUUUGACCUGCAGUGGUUGGAGUUGCCAGACAUGGCCCCAGAGGAGCUAGAGUCUCUCUCAAGAAACAUGGUGUUUCAUCUCAAACGGCUCAUUGAUGAGAGAGACGAAUGCACAGAAUUAAUAGUGGACCUUACGCAGGAGCGAGAUUAUCUGCAGUCUCAGCAGCCCCCCAGCCCUCUGAAAGUGUCCAGCACUGACUCCACCCCCAGCCCAACAAGCAGCCUCUCCAGCGAGGACAAACAGCAUCUGGCAGUGGAACUCGCCGACACCAAGGCCAAGUUGCGGAGGAUCCGGCAGGAAUUGGAGGAGAAAUCAGAGCAGCUAGUCGAUGCUCGGCAUGAAAUUGAUCAGCUGGUGCUGGAACUGCAGAAAAUCAAGCAAGAGAAUAUCCACCUUGGGGCUGAUGCUCGAUCUGCACGAGCCUACCGGGAUGAACUGGAUUCUUUGAGAGAGCGGGCCAACAGAGUGGAGAGACUUGAGAUGGAAUUGGUCAGGUGUAAGGAAAAGCUGCAUGAUGUGGAUUUCUAUAAAGCACGUAUGGAGGAGUUGAGAGAAGAUAAUAUCAUUCUGAUUGAAACCAAGGCAAUGUUGGAAGAACAGCUGACCGCUGCUCGAGCUCGAGGUGAUAAAGUCCAUGAGCUGGAAAAAGAAAAUUUGCAAUUGAAAUCUAAACUUCAUGAUGUGGAACUGGACAGGGACACAGAUAAGAAGCGAAUUGAAGAGCUUUUGGAAGAAAACAUGGUCCUGGAGAUUGCUCAGAAGCAGAGUAUGAACGAAUCUGCCCACCUGGGCUGGGAGUUAGAGCAGCUGUCCAAGAAUGCGGACCUUUCAGACGCAUCCAGGAAGUCCUUUGUGUUUGAGUUGAAUGAGUGUGCCUCGAGUCGAAUUUUAAAGCUGGAAAAGGAGAACCAGAGCCUUCAGAACACCAUCCAAGAGCUGAGAGAUGCUUCCCUGAUUGCAGAAGAAAGCAAGUUAAAAUUUGUGGAGCUUGAAACAGAGAAUCACCAACUCAGCAGAAAGAUUGAAAAGUUACAAACUCAGCUUGAAAGAGAGAAACAGAGCAACCAGGAUCUGGAGACCCUCAGUGAGGAGCUGAUCAAAGAGAAGGAACAGCUUCAGAGUGACAUGGAGACGCAGAAGGCAGAUAAGGAAAGACAGAUAAAGGACCUUGAACAAGAAAAAGAUCAUCUUAAUCAACUAGUUUGGUCCUUAAGGGAAAGAUCUCAGGUCAGUAACGAGGCUCGAGUAAAAGACAUUGAAAGAGAAAACAAAUCUCUGCACGAAACCAUUACAGAGAUGAGCAGCAAACUCAAUAAGACUGAAUUUGAAAAGAAGCAGCUGCACAAGGAUUUUGAGCAUGUCAAAGAAAAGGUAGAACGGGUGGAAUCGAUGGAGAAGGAACUUCACCGGCUAGAAAGAGAGAAUGAAAAGUUGACUCAGAAAAUGACGUCCAUGAAAAUGGUUACAGAGAAAGUCGAAACCCUGGAGAAUGAAAAUGGGGGUCUGGAGCUGGAGAACAGGAAGCUGAGGAAGUCGCUGGAUACCUUACAGAACGUCUCUGUACGCCUGGAGGGUUUGGAGCAUGACAACAAACAGCUUAAUGAAGAGAACUUGGAGCUGCGGAAGAUGCUUGAGACGAUGAAGUUCACGAGUGCCAAAAUGGCCCAGAUUGAAAUUGAGAACAAGGAGCUAGAGAAGGAGAAGGAAGAACUCCAGAAAACGAUAGAGCUGCUGAAAGCCCUGAGCAAGAAGUCAGAGAGACUCGAGCUCAGUUACCAGGGUCUAAAUGCUGAGAACCUGAGGCUGCAGCAGAUUCUGGAAUCCAGCAGCAGGAAGACUCAGGAGCUUGAGAAGGAACUUGAGGAAGUAGAAACGCAAAACCAGACCUUGCACCGGAAUCUGGAAGAGCUUAGGAUGACAAACAAGCAGCUAGAACGCUUUGAAAAGGAGAAGAAGAUGCUAGAGCAGGAAGUGUCCCAGUUGGAGAAAGAUAAAAAAAUGCUGGAGAAGGAGACGAAGCGCUUGUGGCAACAGGUAGAGCUCAAGGAUGCCAUUUUGGAUGAUAAUGUCGUGAAAUUAGCAGCUGCCGAAAAAGAAAAUAAAACACUAGAAAAAGAAAUUUCUCGGUGUAAGGACUCCUCCAAUAAGCUGAAAGAAUUAGAAAAGGACAAUAAGGAUCUUACCAAGCAAGUCACCAUACACAUGAGAACCCUCACAACACUAAGAGAGGAUCUGGUCCUUGAGAAACUGAAGAGCCAGCAGUUGUCCAGUGAACGGGACAAGCUGAGCCAAGAACUGGAAAAAGUUGGAUUGAACAAAGGCCUCCUGCAGGAGGAUGAUAACAGCAAUGAUGACAAAAAAUAUAAGCUAUUGGAGAACAGAAAUGAAUCAGCCCUCAGAACAACACUAGCCAUGAAAGAAGAUAAGAUUGUAUUCUUGCAGGCCCAAAUGGAGGGGACUGUUAAUUUAAAUCAUCAACUACAAAAUGAACUAAAAAUGAUGAAGAAAGAAUAUGAAGUACUCAGGCAGAGUCAGGAAGAAGGAAAACAGUUGCAGAAUUCUUGUAAACAUCCAGUGGGGAAAGUAGCCCUCAACCACCAGGUCAAAGAGAACUGGGAGACUGGCCGAGAUGCUACUAUGGAGCUGUUGAAAGUCAAGGACAGAGCCAUAGAAUUGGAAAGGAACAAUGCCGCCCUUCAUGCAGAGAAGCAGCUGCUCAAGGAACAGCUCAAGCAUUUGGAAACCCAGAACAUGACCUUUAGUAACCAGGUCCUGACACUUCAGAAGCAAAGCGCCUUCCUGCAGGAGCACAACACAGUCCUGCAGACUCAGACGGCUCAGCUGCAGGUGGAGAACUCAACCUUGAGCUCUCAGAAUUCUUCUCUCACAGCCCAGUACACUUUACUCCAGAACCAGCAAGCGAUGAAGGAGAAUGAGAACGAAAACCUGCUGAAACAAAAGGAGCAGAUGAUGACGGCCUAUGAUUCGCUGCUUCAGGACCAUGAGCACCUGAGCUCCCUGCACGAACGGCAGUCCACGGAGUAUGAAAUGCUCAUACAUCAGCAUAGCUGCCUGAAGACCCUGCACAAGAAUCUGGAAGUAGAGCACAAGGAGCUGGGGGACAGGUACAGUGGUGUGAUGAAGCAGAAAUCAGAGUUAGAAGAGCUGGAGAGCAUUUUAAAGACAGAGAGAGAAGCUUUGCAGCAGGAGAAGAGAACAAAUGUGAUCGCAGCUGGAGAAAACCAGAGGCUAAGAGAAGAACUGGACAGAGUGAAUUUCCUGCAUGGCCAGCUGAAGGGGGAAUAUGAAGAACUUCACUCCCACACAAAGGAACUGAAGACAUCUCUCAACAAUUCCCAGCUAGAACUGAACCGCUGGCAAGCUCGAUAUGAUGAGUUGAAAGAGCAAAAUCAAAGCAUGGACAUCUCCAUGACCAAAAUGGAUAACCACUGUGAACUGCUUUCCCGUCUCAAGGGGAACUUGGAAGAAGAGAACCAUCAUCUUCUGAACCAGAUCCAAAUUCUGAGUCAGCAAAACCAGAUGCUUCUGGAGCAGAAUAUGGAGAACAAGGAACAGUUCCAUGAGGAGCAGAAACAAUACAUAGACAAACUGAAUGCCUUAAGAAGACAUAAAGAAAAACUAGAAGAAAAAAUUAUGGAUCAAUAUAAAUUCUAUGAUCCUGCUCCAAAGAAAAAAAACCACUGGAUUGGAGCCAAAGCCUUAGUGAAACUCAUCAAACCAAAGAAAGAGGGUUCAAGAGAACGCGCCAAAUCAACUGCUGAGAGCCCUCCCUGGCAGCUGGACUCCACAGAUCCGGCUUCUCCAUCUGCUUCCCAGCAUCUCCGAUUGCAGCAGGAAACCCCAGAUAAUAUUGCUGCUGCAGGCUCCAACAGCCAGGAGGAGAGAGAUGCUCACAAUGGAUCUGGGGGGAAAGUUCCCAGUGAUCUGAAGCAGAAACGAGGCUCCUCUCACGGAAGCAGCAGUGACCACUUUGAGGCUUCUACAGACUCCGUGCUCAAGCACUGGCACACAGAGCUGGGCUCAAGGGCUCACUCCACCUCGGCCAUCCACUUAACCCCUUCUAGCUCGACCCCCAUCGCCAGGCACACAGGCCUGCCCAAAGGUUAUAAUUCUGAUGAUAACCUUUGUGAGCCAACCCCAGAUCUAGAGCUCACCAACCACAGACAGCAUGUGUCCCGGCCCCAUAGUCUAGAGAGCAGCAGGACUGCAUCAGGCAAUAGCUCUCCUCUUAACCUAAAAGGUUCUUCUGACCGUAUCCAUGGCAGAUCUGAGAGCUUUGGGAGUGAGGAUCUGGUCCCCAGCAGGGAUGUGGCCACUUUGCCUCGAGAUGUUGCCUUGAGCCGCUCAGCACUGUCCAUGAGCAGACCAGAACAUCCUCCCCCCAGGAGUGGGUCAGUCCCCCAGGAGGCUUUCCAGAAGAACACUCCCGGCCAGCCUCACGCCAGCAGACAAAGCUCUGCCUCUCCAGGCAGCGAGAUGGUGACUCUGGAAGAGUUUUUGGAAGAGAGCAACAGGGGAUCCCCCUCCCAAGAUGCUCCCACGGGCCGGGACGACCUGCUGAAUGACUACUUUAGAAAGGCCAACGAUCCUCCUGCCAUUGGAAACCCCCUGGGCCCCCCGGUCAGGAAAGAGGGAACAAAAAUGCCCACCAACUUUGUGGCCCCUACCAUCAAAAUGCCGGUCCACACAGCAGAGGGAAAGCUGCUGAAACCAGGACAGUACGUCAAGCCCAACUUCAGACAGAGCGAGCCCGAGCCCCCCGCCGGCACUCCCGGCCCCCUGAGGCUGGCCCCACCCCCCCAGAGCCUGCCGCUGGGCAGGCCCAAACAGGCCCCGCUUCCGCCUCCCUCGAGCACCCCAGCCGGGAGGAGUGCUUCAUUAAGCAGGGCCUUCAGCCUGGCAUCAGCAGACCUUCUUCGGGCCAGUGGGCCAGACGGAUACAAACAAGACCCUCCCCAGAAGCUGGGGGGGGAUGCCCACGGAGGAAAGGAGCCAGUUAGCCAGACCCUCCGACCCCCUGCAGCCUCCUCCGGCCUGCACUCCCUGUCCAGGGAGAGGCCCCAGUCGGCAAAGAUCGGGGGCUCUUCUCAGGGCCCCAGCCCCCGCGCCCGGCAGUUUGAUUCGAGGCGCUUCUCCUUGGCUCCCCCAAAGGAGGAGAGACUGCUUCCCCAUCAGCAGGCCUCCGCGUCUCCCGCCAUUUCCACGAGUGGCAGCGGGCCGGGCACUUCCCAGCAGCAAGAAGGUCUCAGUCCCGGACUCGGACAGCCUUUCUCCUCCAUACCCGUCUCGGUGGCCAGGACCAAACCCAAGGCCCCCCCGCACUCUGGGGAAGUGGCCGCCAUUGCCCCCGUCCGCAUGGUGCUUCCCGAGGGGGACGGGGCCUCUCGGCCAGGCCAGAAUGAUGGAUUCACGGCCAAGAGCCAGACUAAAGCUCCCGAGUUGGCUCCCUCUCUGGGGCUGGAUGACUUUGGCAGAGGAGGGGGCUCCAAAAGUGCCCCUGGGUCUCCCGAGCCUGGCGGGGACCAGCAGACUGUGUGGUACGAGUAUGGCUGUGUGUGACCCGUCCGUUCUAAGGGCGCUUUGGUAUUGGAGUAGGCUGGUUCACCUUCUUGGGGUUUGUUUUUUGCCUGUGGUGCAGGGAAGAAAGGGGCAGUUUUAGAAAAAGGGAAGGGAUUCUGAGGAGUUUUUUUUUUUAUCCUUGAAAUACUGUGCCAAGUCUUACAGAGCGUUCCACCCCAAAAUUUGUAACAUGUCCCGUUUUAUUUGCUGCUUCCAGUAUUUAUUUCUCCUGAAUGAAGUACACUUUAGCAUGGUCAAUAUUUAGAAUUAAAUGUUAAAACUUCUCUUCCCUCUGUUCCAGACGCUAUCAUAAAUCCCUACUAAGACACUUAAUUUGAUUUUUGUACUUUUGGAACCAGUCUAAGAACAGACAUAAAAUUGAAAGGUGAUUUGAAGUAGGCUCAAGGUCUCAUCAGUAUGAGUACUUCAUAGACAUGAUCUCUCCACACGUUAAUAAUAGUCUUUUUGACUUACUGUUUCUCUCUCCCCCUCCCCCCAAAAAUGUAUCUUUUGGUGGCCAAUUUUCUGGUGAUAACUAUACAAAUUUAGCCAGUGUGACCUGCAGAUAACAGACAUAUAUUCUGUCACUAAGUCCUAUACUCAGAGCAAUCUGGAUCUGCCCAAGCUUGCAGUCCCCUCCUGGAGAGAAUGCUUGAAAAACAAGGUAUCGGAGGGCUUGAGUAGAAUUUGAGAAUUGGAACAGGGUUUGUAUUAGGCCCAGGUCAAUCUCAAGAGACAACUGAGAAGCUUUAUGUUACCAACCCAGAUAUCAUGGGGAAAAUGUCCCAGAACUGAAUUUAUUUUUUUAAAAAAUGAAGCCUCCAAGACACCUAGAUUUUACAAGUCCCAAGUAUCGCGUAGAUCUUAAUCCAAGAAUUCUUAAUUUCUUUUAACACUGGUGAUAAAUAGAGUUGGUUAGGGCCAAAUGAUUACCUGCCAAUUCAAACCAUGUAGCCUGUGCUUCUGCUCUCAGUACCCAAGACCAGAGCUGGGUUACCUUUUCUUUAAUUUUUCUACAAACACUGGAGCUAAUAUGUGCUGGGUCUUAAUGAAAAAUGGCCCUGGAAAGUGAGAGGGGCUAUAUCUCCCAGGCCCAGCAUUUGUAAAUAACAUGUAAAUGAAAAAAGGCUUAGGGGCUUCCGCCCCCUCCCCCCCUUAUAGGGGAUGACUAUUUCUCUCUCUGAAUAAUUUUCCAGAGUAGAAAUCAAAUUUCUUCUAAUAUAUUAUAUAUAUGAGCUAUAAACACACACACAUUUUGGGGAAGAGGGAAUCUAUUUAUGUUCCGGUGGAUAUUUUUCUUUUCUGUCAGGAAUCUCCUUGACUGCUUUUAUGUAUCCAGUCAGAUUCGUGUCAUUCAUUCUGUCUCAAAGUUGUUUAUAAAGGUGCUUUUCCUGUAAUAUAUGAAAACCUGUUGAUUUAUUUUUUUCCUCCCUAAAGAUGUUUCUUUUGGUGAUUUGCUGAUGAUCUAGUGAGAGGAAUACAAGGAAAUUGUAAAAUGUUUAUAAGAUCACUUUAGGAGUUGCUCCUGGUAACUUGUAUUAAACCACGCAAGGACAGGAUUUUAAUAAAACUGCUGGAGAAAAAAAAA